CGGAAGUUGGUUGGGCUGCUGCUGCGUUGCGUACCCACUCAAUUCAGGAACUGCGUAAAAUAUCUCCACUAUUGUCCUAUUCACAAUUUCAGGUUGUCGUCCAUCGAUCUUUGGUGGUUCGCUGUUGCUGUUGCUGAUCGGAUCAAUCCACGGAUUUUUGCGCGGAAAAGUAGUGUUAAUCUUCGGAAAAAGGAGCCGCGAGAUGAAAUCUGGUAAAGGACAUUUGGAAGAGGAGGAGGAGGAAGAUGACGAAUUUGGCGUCAGAAAGGAUACCACGCCAUCGGCGAAUAGCACCAAAGAUGGGAAGAACAACGACAAGGCUAGUGCUAUGAGGUCGAAACACUCGGUUACGGAGCAGCGUCGGAGGAGUAAGAUCAAUGAGAGAUUUCAGAAAUUGAGAGAACUCAUACCACACAGCGAUCAAAAGAGAGAUACUGCAUCAUUCUUAUUUGAGGUGAUCCAAUAUGUUCAGCUCUUACAAGAAAAAGUACAGAAGUAUGAGGGAUCAUACCAACCUUGGGGUUCAGAACCAAUGAAGCUAAUGCCAUGGAGAAACAGUCAAUGGCGGGUUCAAAGUUUUGUUGGUCAACCACAAACAAUGAAGAAUGGUUCUGGUCCUGGUGCAUCAAGUCCCGGAAGAUUUGAUGAUCGCAUUGCAGUCGCUACAACCAUGCCACAUGGUCAGCAGAAUCCCAUUGAAUCUGAUCAUCUUAGGGAUGUCCCUUCUAGAACAAUAGAUCUGCAAACCGAACUUCCUAACAAAGUAACAGGCGUACCCAUGCCUCUGCAGACUACCAUGGCAGUUCCCAUUGCAAACAAUGAUGCAUUCUCCCUCACAUUACAUGGACAACCUUCGGAUCCACAGUCAACGAAUUGCCCUAGUGCUGCUGAUAAUCUAAAUCAUCAAGAUGAAUUGACAAUUGAGGGGGGGACAAUCAGCAUUUCAAGUGUUUACUCUGAAGAGUUGUUGAAUUCACUGGCACAAGCUCUCGAGAGUACAGGUGUGGAUCUGUCUCAAGCCAGGAUUUCGGUCCAAAUUAAUCUUGGAAAAAGAGCAAACCAAGGAUCCCCCACAGGGAUAUCAGUUCCGAAGGAACAUGCUAUCCCUAUGCCUGCCGGCAACGAGCCAGUCGGGAACUUUCACGCUGCCAAUAACAGUGCAGAUUUAGAUCGAGCUCAAAAAAGGCAAAAGAUUUGAAUAAUAAGGUACCUUUUUCGACUAAGUUGUUUCAUUGUAUAUGUGCUGUUUUGAAAAGUGUGGGUUCUGACAUCAUUCAGGCUUUUUAUGUUCUUGUAGGAGGGCUUUGUUUUUUUUCUUUUUUCUUUUCCCCCUAAUUUAUGUGCUGUUUCAUAAAUGCUAAAGUAGCGUACAAUGUAAACAUUACAAAGUUCAACUGCUUAGGUUUAUGAUCAGAAUUCUUGAACUGGAAAUUGUUUGGGACAUUGUGAACCUUUACUUGGUUUACCUUUGUUCGUUGUCUAUGUUAUUAGAUAAAAGACAUGUUCAUUAGUAUAGCCUAAAUGACUAGGCUUUGUGCAUGGUAGUGAUUG